AUGUCAGAGCCCUUCCACCCCGCGAAAUCACCGGCUCUCCCGGUCGUGGAAUCCUCCACAGACACCAAGUCCCCUCAAUCCCAGCAGACGAAAGUGCGCCGAUUAAGAGAGACAGUCGAUAGCAACUAUGCCGACAUCAUCUGUAUCAUUCUGUGCUUCGUCACGGGGCUUUGCGACAGCUCCGCAUUCAAUGCGUGGUCAUGCUUCUUAGCUAUGCAAACCGGAAACACCGUCGUCCUCGGCCUCGGCGCCGCCUCCCUCCCCAAAGACGACAGCGACAGCUGGCUAAAAUCCAUCGUGUCAAUCGCCAGCUUCGUGACCGGCUCAUUCAUAUUCAGUUUCGUCGGACGACACCUUGGUCCCGCGCGUCGCGGAACCCUCUUCGCUUCCUUCAUGGUGCAAGUGAUUCUCAUCGUGAUUGCCGUCUCCCUGAUCCAGUCUGGACUUAUCGCGGAAUCCGAAGCCGACGUCAUCUCUGGCCACCACCAUGGCGGCAAGCUCCUCGAGCUGAUUCCCAUUGGCUUGCUGGCGUUCCAGUCCUCCGGGUCUAUUAAUAGUACGCGCUCGUUGGGAUUUAAUGAGAUCCCGAGUGUGGUUAUCACGAGCGUGUAUUUUGAUAUUGCGUCGGAUAAGAACAUCCUGGCUGUGCAGAAUGUUAAGAGGAAUAGGAGAAUUGCGGGUGUGGUGGCCCUGUUGAUUGGAGCUAUUGUGGGCGGUUGGUUGAAUAGGAGUGCUGGCGGGAUGGCGUCGACUUUUUGGUUGGCGGCGGGGAUUAAGUUCCUUAUUGGGUUGGGGUGGUUGGUUUGGAUGCCUGUUAGGAACUAG